CCUCGUCACCAUGACGAUGAUUCCCUGCUCAGCCCGCUCUUCCGACCGUUUCUUGGACUUGGAUUAAGUCUCAUGCAGGUUUAAGGAGCCCACAGUCCUCGAGCCCACAGCGCUCCCUCUCCUGCAGCCUGCAGUGAACCAGGAGUCCUCUGGGACGUGUACGAUGGCCAGCGAGCUCGGCGUAGGACCGGAGUCGGAUUCUCAGGAUUUCAGCGAGGCUUCGUCCUGGUGUGCUCGACUGCGCAGGGUUCACCUGAACAGGUGCGAGGCACGGCCUGCAGGGACCCGGCUGCUCUGAAGCGCAGUUGGCAUGCCCAUGACCAUGAUGAGCUCCAGAGAGGAAGAAGCAUUGCGGUUUUUCCAGUACGUCGAGGACAGCGGCCUGAGGGCGUACAGCGGCGUAGCGACUCACGACCUGGUGUGGAAUGAGAAAAGCCGGAGCGUUCCGGAAAAAAACGACAAAAAGAGAAAGCAGGAGGAGGUCGUUAAAAGGACGAGCGAGGAGGUGGCCAUGGAGGGGAAACACCUGCGUAUGGGAUCUGCAACCAUGUCGGAGCAGCAGCAGUUUUCCGUCCGCUCUCAGUCCCUUAACUCUGUGGGAGGAGCAGAGGAUGAAGAGGGCAGCCCGAACUCACGCAAACAGCCUCCACCCAAACCGCGUCGUGACCCCAACACCAAACUUAGUGCCUCCUCAGAGGCUGUGGACCACAGCGCCACCUCCUGCAAGGGAGGACACUCCCACAAGUGGGAUGUGACUCAGGGCUGCAGUGAGGAGUGUAGACGAGUUCCACCUCCGAAGCCCAAGAGGAAUCCCAACACACAGCUGAGCACUUCCUUCGAUGAGUCCUACAUCCUGAACUCAAAAGACUCCCCCCCAAUGGCUCUUUCUCCCAUUUCACCUGUUUCUCCUCCACAACCUCAGAGCCCACAGCAGGACUCAGAGUCAGAGGAACCUGUUUAUAUCGAGAUGUCAGGGAACGCAGGGCGAGAUCAGCCCUCUCGCGCCGAGCCCGAGGAGCCGGGCGAGGCCGUCUACGAGGAGAUGAAGUACCCCGCUUUUGAUGACUUUGAUUCACGCUGGGAUCUUUUGGGGUACCGCACUCAGUGCAUCACACAAUGCCCAUCUGAUACGGACAUCCAUGCUGCCAUGAACUAUACCUCCACCCCUCGGAGCGCAUCCCAUUGCGACAUCCCUGCUCCGUUUCCUAACCUGCUAAGUCACCGUCCACCUUUGCUGGUCUUCCCACCGGUGCCUGCACAAUGUUCACCCAAUUCUGAUGAAUCCCCUCUCACGCCGGUGGACGUGACCAAGCUGGCUAUGUUGGAAAAUGCUGCCUACUCAAAGUCUCCCUCGUCCUCAUCGUCCUCAAUGGAGCCCCUAAGUUCUGCCUCAUCUUCUCACCUCAGACGGGCUGAGAGGGAACUCACGGCGACGCCCACUAUCACAGUCUCAGGUCGCUCUUCGGCGCCACCGUUGCCAUGUGCUCUUUACAGGGGCUCCUCGAGCUCUGCCGGGGCUCAGCGAAGCCACUCGGCAUGCCCGUCUCCUGUCAGCAUGGGCCGCAGCCUGACGCCGCUCAGCCUCAUGAGGGUACCACCUUUCGAGGGGUCCUUCAGUGGAGCUGCCAUGCCACGACACCACAGCUCAACGCAGAACGUCGCGGCAGGUCGCUCACGGACGCCCACCAGCCCUCUGGAUGAGCUCACCAACUUGUUUACCAGCGGCAGGAACAUGCUGAAGAAGAGCUCCAGUGGCAGGAAGAGCAAAGAGCCAGCUGAGAGUGAAGCCAAAGGGAAGGGCCAUGGAUCUGAAUCCAAACGGGAGCACAAGGAAAAGAGCCAUCACCACAAGGAAUCCAAACGGGACAAGGAGCGCAGUGGGAAAUCCUCGCAUCGACGUGAGAGCAAGGACCGAGAGGCCAAUGGCAUUGAGGCCUUACAGAGACGUGACAGUAAAGACAGGACUGGCAGCAAUGCAGAGCCAAUAGUCAGACAUGAUAGAAAGGACUGGGGCUUUAAUGUGGAGCAACUACCAAGGCGCAACAGCAAGGACAAGGGCAGCAAUGUGGAGCCAAUAUCAAGGCGCAACAGCAAAGACAAGGGAAGCAAUGUGGAGCCCAUUGGGAGGCGAAACAGCAAGGACAAGGGCAGCAAUGUGGAGCCAGUAGUUAGGCGAAACAGCAGAGACAAAGGUUGUAGUGGUCCAGAGCUACUUCCCAAACAGGGCAGCAAAGAUCGAGGGUGCAGCACUAGUGAGCCCAUAGUGAGACAUGACAGUAAGGACUGGAUAAGUAACAAUAUUGAACCUUUACCUAGACGUGACAGUAGGGACAGGAUCUGCAACGGAUCAGAACUCAUGCCCAGACAAGACAGCAGAGAAUUUUUGAGAAAUGGACUGGAAAGACAUGAUAGCAGGGACCGAGUUGGUUAUGGGCCAGAUUUGUUAACUAGGCACGGUAGUAAGGAUCAGGGAAGAACUGGCUUGGAGGGGCGGCGCAACAGCAAAGAAGGAAGAAAGAACAGUGUGGAUUAUCUUCAGGGUAACAGCAACAUGGCAGACUCUGGAUGGGACUGUAAGGAACGAAUAAGUAAUGGAACAGAUCUUGGGAAUAGGAGAGACUACAAAGAUAAAGGAGUUCACUUGACAGAAUCCUCUCACAAGAGUAAGGACAAGAGCAGCUGCACUACAGAGUCCCCCAAAGCACAUGACUGGGAUACAAGGUCUGGACCUCCAUCCAGUAUGUCCAGCCGGAGUAGACGGUCACCCGUUAGUCCUACUGCAAUGAUGGGGAAUUGUGAAUUCAAGAUGGUCCCCAAGGUAGCCCAGUUCCUGUCCAUACCACUUGCACCCUCUCCAUUAGGCACACCUCAGAGACGACCUUCCCAAGAGGCCCAAGAGAUGCCACCAUUUCCCUGGCUAUGUGGCGACAGCACAAUGAUGGAGACAAUUGAGAGAAAACAACGACUGUGCCGUGAGAUCCGGUCCCGUCCUCGUCCCCCUGAACGAAGCGAGGCGGAAAGCAUGUCUAGCUGCAAGAAAGCCAAUGGGCAAAAGAAAUAUGGUCCUCCCCCAUAUCCCAGUCAGACUACCGUCUUUUGGGACACCGCAAUCUGAUUGGUCGCUUAGCACUUCAGGAUUUAGCUUUGCUCCUCCCACUGGCACCAGGAUGAGGGGAGCUUAAAGUCAUCCCCAGCACUGUUUCUGCUAAAAGACAGGCAGUGGUAUUAACCUAGCAAUAUUUCUGAGCGUGCCGAUCGUCAGGUUUUUGUAUUAACCUUUAUCUAAUAUUUUUGUAUUGUGAUUCCUUGUAAAUGAAACCUAGCAUUACCAGAUAUUUUCUAAACAAAAUGAAAUAUCUUUGCAAAGAAUAUGUAGAGUUAGCACAAUACAGUUUGUUCUUUUGUACUUUUUCGCCUUGUUUUUCUUUUUUUUUUUUAACAUUGCAAUGCAAAAUACAGAACGAAACCAUUAACGUUCACAGGCCUUUAUCUUUCAGACCUCUCAAAAAUGUCUGUGGUAUACUGCCAUAUUAAAAAUGAAGUGUAUUUUCACAUUGGAUGUGAAAUCGGACUAGGGCUAGCUUUCUCUUCGCUGCCUUGUCACACUACGGAUUUGAUAGAAAUGUGCAAUUAAUGGGUAUUGUUUUUUUUUUAAACUGAUCAGAUUUGUUUAAUUAUAUAUGUUUUAUGUAAGCUUUGCCUUUAGUAUGCAAAUUAAGAUGGAAGGUUUUGUAUGGUACAUAAGCAUGAAUGAAGUCAAUGUAAAAAAAAAGUGGCACAGCACAAGAGUAACUGGUACGAGUUUAUGAAAGGGCAAUGAAUGAUAAGACUAGGAUGUAGGCUAAGAACCUUUUUAUCCUAGGUAACCUAUCUUUAUUGGGUGAUUUUUCUGUGAUUUUGUAAAUGGCAGAAGGUGUUGUAGCUGUUACUCUGGGCCUGUGGUUGCCAAGAGGUUAAUGACAAUCUGUAAUCUUGAAGUAUUCUUUAAAAUCUUUAAACACUAUUUAAAAUGUUUUGUGGUUGUCUGAGAAGGUUUUUAGAAGGAAAUAAUUUAUUGGCAUGGUCACGCUUACUAUAUCUCAUCAUGAUUUGUGAUAGACACAAUCAGCCCUAUGUGGGCAUUUGAAACCAAUGACCAAUGGCUCUCAGCUAGAGCCUUAAAGGACGUAGCAACUGUAGCUACAUCACUCAGUAAUUGGGAAAAAUAAAGGACAAAAAAAUAUACACCCAUCUUCUGCAUCAGUUGGUUGAAUACUUUUCACCCUCCCUCUACCUCAACCAUUCAGAUUAAUUCACACGCUUAUUCAUCUCCAAAGUAAUUUUGAAUCAGGGGUAGACAAAUAAUAAGUUCAUUAUCUAACGCGUCAGGAAAGGGAAAGUUUCUCAGUCCUGUGAUUUGGUUGCUUAAAAAACCUAAUUGGCAUGGCUAAGACGUGUCAGCUAAUGAAAUGCUAGGUUUCUAGUCAAAUGCACUAACAAACAAGUUUAUAGGUGUGUAACAUUCUCCCAUGAGUUAGAACAUGUUGAACCACAAAUGACCAUGUGCUACAUUCGUUUUUCUGUAGAGCUUGGGAUACUGAUUCGUCCGCCCCUGAAAGUAAAACCAUCCCUUUUCAUUCCUGCCAUAAACCUCAUGUAUUGUUGGUAACGGUAACGCCUGUACACUCACUAUAUCGAACGAUGUAGCCUAGCUAACACUAGCUAAUGCAUUUGUAAGAGUAAGAAAUUGUGUUUAUGCUUCUAACAGCAUCAUGCUGAGCUGACAGUUAUUAAGUAUUAUUACAUACCUCAAUGUUAGCAUUUUGGAAAGAAAAAAGUAGCCUGUAGCCUGACAGCAUAAGUAGCCUGUCUUUGCACAUUGUGCAAACAGUACGUCAGUAUUUUAAGGUUAUUCCUUGUCAUGCUGGACAAAACAAUCUCGGCUGAAUUCUGUAACAGACUGAGUCCAUGUCAGAUUUCACAUUCCUGACUUUAUGGUAAUAGGGGUUGUUUUUCCACCCGUUAGCAUGAUUUUCCAGUAAAUCAUACUGGCUUGAAUGAAGCAAAAACACAACAUCAGAGUAGCCAUGACUAUGUGGUCACUACGGUAUGGUCACGUUUUUUUAAUUUAUUUAUAUAUUUAUACCCUAUGUGUUGUCUUCAAUGUAUGCAGCUCAUUUAUUACACGAUUGUUUGACAUUCACUUCGAAGUUCCCCGAGGGUGCUGGGUGAAGAACGCUGUAACGAUGUACAAUCUCUCUGUAUGUAAAAUGUGCACUGUGACUGGUAGAAAGACUACGUCCUUUGUCUUAUUGCACUGAGUGUUCUCUUAUCUGUAUAGUAAUGUUUGAGGAAACAAAAAUGAAGUAUACCGGUUGUCAUGAGGGUCUUUCCGAGAGAAAUAAAAAUGAAGUUCAAUCUGC